AACGAAAGUGGUACGGUUUGAGAAUUAAAUAUCGUGUUUUAAGCAGAUGGCCACAGCAAAUAAAUUAGGCAAAGGCCUGCAAAGACUUUUCGUAGGAAAUCUACCGUGGACGGUCGGCCAUCAGGAAUUGCGUGGAUAUUUCAAAGAGUUUGGUCGUGUAGUCUCCGCAAAUGUGAUUUUUGAUAAGAAGACGGGUUGUUCGCGUGGGUACGGUUUUAUUGUAUUCAAUGACAUUACACCGCUAGAGAAGAUUGAAGGCGAACAAAAGCACGUGCUUGAGGGCAAUUAUUUAAACAUACAAAAAUCCUAAAACGUUUAUUCCAAAACUUUUAAUAUAUCCGAUAUAUUGAUAUCUAAUAUAUCGUAUCCCAUCCCGGAAAAGAGAACUUGGCAGCAAAUUAGCAAAAAUUAAUAGAUAAUGGCAUCAUCUGAUUUUUCGGAUAGUGACAUGGAUACCGAUCCUCUCGACGAAGUAUUCUCCGAAGCAGCAGAACAUUUGCAAAAAAUUCACAACACGCUCGACGCCACAGACCUUCUGGAAAUUUACGGUUUAUAUAAACAAGCAACUUGUGGUCGAUGUAAUACACCAAAACCAGGCGUUUUUAAUAUUCAAAGUCGCAGCAAGUGGUGUGCAUGGAAUGAUUUGGGUGAUAUGUCUGCCACGGAUGCUAAGCUCCAAUAUAUUGAAAAGGUUAAAAAAA